GGGGUUACUUUUUUUAGCGCUGUCUGUGUGGUCUUUGGGCAGGAUGGAGUGGGCGGGAUCUUGGUUGGGGCUUGGGCGCUAGUGUUGUAAUUUUGUUGUACAUCACUAUGAGGUCAUAAACUGAGCGACAAGCCCUUGUUCACAGUCUAAUGCAACUGUCACAUUGGCAUAAACCAGCUCUAUUAGUCAGUCCAGCCAUAAAAGCACUUCAGCUGAACCCAAGUCAAUGUAGAUCCGGCACAUUCCGUUACCGAAGGCCGCACAGCUUAAACACCCGCAGUAGAAAAUAUAAAACCUUCCGCUCCCUUUAAAUCGAGUCAAACAUUCAACAUGACAGCAUCAGCCAAUCAUUUGCGGGAACGUCAUCAGGAAAUAAGGAAGUUGUGACGUUGCGCAAAGCGUUAUUGUAAUCUUUGAUAAAACGCCAUAUAAACAUCCGCUGGCUGCGCGGAUUGGUUAGCGUUAGGCGCUGAUAUGGAGGCGAGUCUGACGUGCGCUGUGUGUCUCGGUCUGUUUAAGGAACCCGUCACCCUGCCGCUCUGUUCGCACAACUUCUGCAAGCGCUGCGUGUGGGAAUGUGCUGCCCCGGAGAUACGAAGUGUUCAUGUCUCCCCGCUGAGCGCCGGCGCUGUCUCUGCCCUGCGCACGGUUCAGUGUCCGCUCUGCCGCAAGGUUAGUUCUCUCCCCGGCGGGUUAUCAUCGCUGCCCGUCAACACCACUCUGGCCGAAGUCGUCCGACUCACGGCGAAGAAGGACGAGUGUUCUGGAUGGCUGGCGACGACAGAUUGCGGCUCCGAGGAACUUCCUCUCAAGCGGAACCUGACUCCGUGCGCGGAACACGCCGAUCAGAUGCUGGAGCUGUACUGUAAGAACUGUACCGUGCCGUGCUGCGGCAAAUGCGUGUCUGACAAGCACCAGGGCCUCUUCCACAGCAUCAACCUGCUACAGAUGGUCUAUCAGGAGGAGAAGCUAACCCUUUUUAGCAGUUUUAAGAAACUACGUGAAGUUCAUGAAAAACUUGUUAAAGAAGCCAAUGACGAAGAAAGAGACAUUGAGGAAACUUUUAAAAACCACAUCAGCUUCCUCAAUUCUGGAUUUGAAGAAGUUGAGAAGGCUCUGGAUCUGAAGAAGAAACAGCUCUUGGAGCUAACCAUGCAACAACAGAACACCACAUUAAAGGAGUAUAGGGUGUGGAAACAAAUGCAGACUCAUCAUAAUAAAACCAUUGAAAGCCUUCUUAAAGACUGCGAGAGCAUUGUUGAUGAAUUUGAACCCAAAUGUUUUCUUAAGGUGGCGUGUGAUUUAAAUAAAAGGCUGAGGUCUAGCCUUGACAUUAUGGGAUUUACCUCUGAUUCCAGUAAAAAGUUCAAGUGGGAACCGACCCAAGUUGAUCUUAAACCUGCGCUGGAUGCAAUAUCUGCACUGAAUAUUUCAGGAGGAAAGCCUAAUGAUUUCUUUAUUAAAAGACAAGAAGAUUCAGAUGGAAACUUCUCAUUUAAAUCCAUAACUAGACUGUGGAAGCACGAACAAAAAUCCUGUCCUGAUAAGUAUUCUCACAUUGAAGAUGAAGAGCCAGUGUUAAUCCGUGGUCAAGUGCAGAAAGCUGGCGUUCGGUAUCUAUCCAUUUCUGUGGUGCCUGAAUUCAAAGCCUUGUGUUAUGAGGAACUCCGUUUAAAGUGCUAUAACGAUUCGACUACGAUCUACAAUAAUAAUGAGGUCCUUUCGGUACGGGAAAAACAGAUAUGUAAAGAUUUUGACAAACUGCACCUACGAAUGAACCGAAUAAAUAGACUGAAGGAGGCCAGGCUUAGAAGACAAGAUGGUUUCGAUGAAAGUUCAAGUUCCUUUAUUUGUGCUAAUAACUCACUGAGACCUGACCGUGAAAAAAGGCAUCCGCAGCAAGGCCACGGAUUACCAUGUGCAGAAGAAAAUGGGGGUGAAAAAACUGAAAAUUGCCAGUUAGGAGGCAUGAUAUCCAAAGCAUCACACCCUUUAAAUUGGAUGCUUCCUGGUAUUACACAUGACACUGGCUCCACAACAGAAGAAAACAUAGCUGCGGCUUUUCCUUCAUCUACAAAUGCUAUUGGUAACCAUUCCAUAGACGGAAGUGAUCUCACUAACAGGCCUGCUCCAAAUAACUUUGUCAUUGGCAAAGGAGGAGCUACCGCCAGUAAUAGAAAUUACAGUAAGAAUAAGCACCGAACAAAGUGGUUAAAAAGCACAACUGUCUCUCCUAAAGCACCUGUUCCAUCCUCUGACGUCUCACUUACAUUUACUGCCAACCCAUUUUUAAUAUCAGCUGGCAAUUCUACUUGUGAAAAUGCUUUAACCAUUCCCAUUGGUCACACAAAUACAGACAUAAAUGAAGCCUCCUGCCAUUUGUCUGCAAAUUCAACAUCAUCUGAAGAAUUUUUUGAUGCGAAUUCGAAUACAGAUUCUGACAUUGAAGAUAUGAAUGAAGAGACUAUUCCAGAUAUUUCCAUUCCAGAUAUUGAUGAAUCUGUUACUCCACAGAGGAAAUGAAUAUUUAGCAUUUCAGCUUUCGAGCAACAAUACAAAAGCAGCCUUGGAUGGAAGAAGAAGAGGAAGCUGUUGGGAUUCAAUUGAACAUCUGAAUUAAAAUGUGGCCGACUAGUUUUGUAUGUUUAUUAAUUAUACUCCUGAACUUUGCAGUCUCUGUAAAAAUAUAUCACACAAUUGAAUACUUUUCUUUCCAAAAUGUGAGCUUAUGCCCAUAUUACUUAUGAUUUCAUACAGAUAUAACUUGUCACAGUGAAAGAUGUAAAACAAAUUAGGUAUGGACCAAUCUAUAAUUUGGUUGUGUCCAAAAUCCAUAUUCUUCACAAAAGAUUCAUCCAAAUACAACAUGAAAGCUGAAGCUAAUUUAUAAAAUUGUAUUAUGCAUAAACAAAUAUCAGUAGCUGUAAUGUCCUGUGACAGGGUUAGGAUUUGGUUUGCCUGAACAUCACCCUUUUUUGCUAAAACAGGCCAUUCUAUAACAUACUAAAAGUUAACUUAAAAACUACCCCUUAAAUUGAGGGGGAAAUCGGGUAUCAAGCUAAAUUACUGGUAAGUGUGAUGUAAGGUAUAAUAAAUGAAGGAGAAAAUGGCUUGUAGAGGAGAGGGGGAGCAGAGCCAGGGCACGCACCAUCCACACUUCCCAGCUAUUGUCUGCAGCUGGGACAGCAGGGGUAGGGAGAUGAUCUACUGGAUUAAGGGGGGGGCAAAUUAGGGGUGGGAAGGGGAAAAUUUUUUUACUUUCUUGUUUUGUGACAAAAAGUCACGUGAUUUCCCUCCCCGCCCCUAAUUUACAUAUGCAAAUGAGGAUAAUGUUCAGCCGGGCAGAAGGAUUCGGCCAAAUCCUGCUGAAAAAGGCAGAAUCCUGGAUUCGGUGCAUCCCUAUUUUUUACAGUACAUGGCUGCCCUUAUGUAUCCUGGAUAAAUACCAUUAAAGACUGUAAUUGGGGGCAGCCUGUUAGACCCACCUUACAAGAAAACUGGAGGUAUUUCUUGCUUGAGAGAGAGGAGGGUGGGUCAAUUGAAGAGGGUUCUGUGCUCAAAGUUGGUGGAGGUCUUUCCCCUGCCUGCUGCUUCUUAGGUCAUUCUAUAGAAUGUAGCUCUGGUCCCAGGUCUAAAUUAAUCAGUUGUAACUGCUUCUAGACUUUGCAUAUGCCAUAUAACUAGUGACAUUUCAAUGCCUCUAACACUGAAUUAAUUUUCAAUCCAAUGAGCAUGAUGUUAUUUGAUUAUUUUUAUAAUGUGGGAACUGAGAAUAUCUGUUUUUAAUUAUAUACAUUUACCACUUCAACAAACGCAUUAAGGGUAAGAACACACGGGCAGAUUCGUGGAGAUUAGUCGCCACAGUGACAAACCGCCUCUUCUUCAGGGCGACAAUCUCCCCGAACUGCCUUCCCGCCGGCUAUAAUGAAAAAUCACCAGGGCGACUAAUCUCCCUGAAUCUGCCUGUGUGUCUUUACUCUAAAAGUGCUUUUCUUUGGCAAGAUUGCAUUUCUUGAACUAUUUGAAAACGUAUUAGGAUAUCCUUUCUUUUUAAAUAUAUCUAAUGUCUUUAUCCUUGCUAAAUUGCUAAAUCGCCUGAUUUUAUACACUUGCUGUGACAAAAUUGUCAAGGUUCCAAAUUCUCUUCUAUUGUGUUUAUCAAGCAAAAUAAAUUCACACUGUCA